AUGUCGGAGUCCACAGAGUCUGACGACAGCGACAAGUCUUCACCUAGCCGGUCCGAACUGCCCCUUCGGACCACCGCUGGUGAUUUAGCACGCCUGUUUGAGCAUCUCACGCCACCAGAGGAUGUCGACGACAAAGGGAUUAUUAUCAAGUGUAUAACGCAGCUCAAGUCCACAGUGGAUGAUCAUGAGAACCGCGUGCGAGUGUUAGAACACCAACCUUAUGCUGGUUCACCUAACGAGCUCGCGACUGAUGUACCUCUGUCUAGUUUCGAAAGAUUACAACAAGAAGUUAAGGGACUCGAUGAAGUCGUUAACGAAAGGGAUAUAAGGAUAUCUGAAGCUGAAGAGGAUAUUGUGAAUAUAAAGGCGGAGGUGUAA